CGCUCAUUGUGCCACAUUUGGUUCAUUGGCAACAAAUUUUGCUAAAUCUCUUAGCUUUCUCUGUGUUGUCUAGUUCCUUGUUUAAUGUAUAGCUACCAGCAAUGUAUAUUUAGGUGUAUGAUUAAACCUGAAAAGUGACUAGUUCUUGUUUAACUUAACGUUGAAGUGAUAAAAAGUAUUUAAAAAAAUAACAGACUCAGCUGUAUGGCAGUAGAUGAAUUUACUAUGCAUGUUAACAUUUCCACAAAUUCAGAGUCAUGGAAAACCAAAGUCAAUGAAAUGUAUGUGACAAGUAUUUUGCUCACAUCCUAGGAUUGCGUACAAGCCAUGUCGACAGCCAUUUUACCACGUGGAUUUUUUUCGGAGUAUACUCUUCAACUUGAACACGAAGACUUUUCUGACCUCGACACAGAACAACUACUAUUAGACAUCAAUAAACAUGACAGGAUAACAUCCAAAAACAUGCUGAUAAACCUAUCCCAGGAUUCCUGUAUGUCUGGACUACGAUCAUCACCAUCACAAUCGUCAUCGCCUCAGUCUGCAUUGUCGUACUCCUCGUCAUCUUCAUCGCCCGUCCCAUCCCCAUCUUCAUCAGAACUCAGCAGCCUGAAUGUGAAUAUUUUUUCCCUCACUAGGGCCCAUCCUACCUCCACAACUUUAAUGAGUGGCCAAAGUAAGCAGCUGUACACAACAGAGCUAGAAGUGAUCUGUCGUAUCUGUGGGGACAAAGCAUCAGGGUUCCACUACGGAGUACACUCUUGUGAGGGCUGCAAGGGAUUCUUCAGGAGAACGCUGAAGAAGAAAUUGACAUAUGAAGCAUGUAAGAACGGAAAACAGUGCAAGUUAGAUACAGCAUCACGCAACAAGUGUCAAGCCUGCCGAUUUCAACGAUGUCUUAACGCUGGAAUGUCCCCCAAUGCUGUACGAUUUGGAAGAAUGCCAAAAGUGGAGAGAGAAAAACUGGUGGCGGAUAAAGAAGAACUCUCCAAAAACUCGUGUCAGAGGAUCGUAGAGUUACGCGCUUUGUCAGAUCACAUAAAGGCUUCAUUCAAAGAUUUCUUUGGAGAACCAGAACUUGUGGCUGACAAGAAGAAAGACGGAAAAGAAAAGAAAAAUGCAGCUAAGUUUGACAACAGAACCGACCUUAUUAAUCACUUGACCUCUGAAGACUUCCACACUCAGGGCGUGUUUACCCGCUAUCAGCAAAUGAUUGCCCCCCUCAUGCAGGCGUCCGUUAAGUUUGCCAAGAGGAUUCCUGGCUUCACAAGUUUACCCCUCAACGACCAGAUCAGCCUAAUGAAGCAGGGCACAUUAGCUGUCUCUGUCAUCAUGAUGCAUGACAUAGCAGACAGUGACAGCGUUACUCUGCGGGAAUCUCAGGGAGAUAUGACCAUCCAUCGGUCAGCAGUCAGUUCAUGUACCGAGGCUUCGUUGCUGCUCAGUCACCAUCUCCUCGUGGCUGACCGAUUGACCAAGCUACAGUUACAUAGGGGAGAGCUAGCACUGUUCUGUGCAGCAGUCCUCAUUGCAGAAACGCCGGACAUAGCUGAUGUCAAACAUUUGGAAAAUAUGCAGAUGGAUCUACUUCAAGCUUUAAGGAUUGAAUUAAAACACAAUCAUCCAAAAAACAUCAAAAUCUUCCCAAUACUGCUUGUACUGAUAUCAGAUUUACGACAAAUCGUGGAGGAGUUUAGUGACAAUUUACGGAAGAAAGUUUUUGAUCUCUCAGAUAACUUCUCUAAUAUCCUACCACUAGUUAAAGAAAUCUUCGACCUCCCUGUGUGUUGAGGACACUGUUUGCUGCCUGACAAGAAUAAUGUGUUAAUCUCAGUUAUAACACGGAGUCUCCCUGGAUUCCUGUCGGUAGAUAUGGUGGUUCUGUCUCUAUCCAGCAAGUAUAACACGGAGUCUCCCUGGACUCCUGUUGUUAGAUAUGGUGGUUCUCUCUCUAUCCAGCAAGUAUAACAGACAUUUUUUCAAAGGAAAGAGAUUCAAAUGCUAUAUCUAUGAGAUUGUGUUCAGAAUUUGUCUUACUUUUUCGUUAUUGUCAUAUAUUAACAUGCCUUCAAUUUCAUAACUUUUGGUUUAUUUUGUAAACAAUUUACAUUGAUAUUAAUAUGAAUUGUUGACUCAAAACAUUUAGAAUAUUACCCGGUACUUACGAGUCAAACAUGUUUUGUUUUGAUUUAAAAUUUUAAGUGGUCACCAUUUAUUUAGUAACAAAUGUAUCCUGUCAUAUGAACAAGAUAUUUUUUUGCUUUCCUUUGUAAUCAUCGGCCUCCAAUGCUAUUACGUACACAGUGAGGAAGGAGGAGGACCCAUACUUUAUACCAACGGCCAACACCAAGGUUUCGACAGGCUAGAACAUGUUACUCACAGAUACACAGAUUUUAUUCUGUAGGACUUAAACAAAAUCCACUACUGUCAGCUUAAUACGGUUUGAACAAAUUCUGACAAGAGCAUGGCAAUUUGAAUAACAUUAAUCAUUAAUACUUCAGGUGAAAAAGGUAAAUUAUACAUUA